AUGACUGGGGAUGAUGGGGGUUGCAGUCCGACACCCCUGAGGGCAGUAGGCUGGGGAAAGGCUUGGACUGCUGCGGUUGCAGCUUCUGGCCACCGGGGAAACGCGCGAUGCGCCACCCCGAAGCGCCGCUUUAGCGCCUCGAGCUGGGUCGGGAGCGGGGCGGAGCCUGGGCCGGCUGGGCUCGCGGUUGCGCUAAGUAAGUUGCGGUGUCAGCCGGCACUUAACGCCACUCUGAAGGCGGCUGAGGAAGAAGGAGGAGGGCGAGGGCGAGGGCGGGAUGCCUGCGAUGUGCCGCCGGUGCUGGUAGGGCACUUCUCGCCUCCGCAGCAGACCUCGUCCAACUUUUGGAGACGCACCAGCGAAGGAUUCGCGGGGGAGCCCAGCGCCGAUCCCCGACGACACUCUCGCCCAGGCGCCGCGGCGAUGGGCGCCGAGUGGCUCCCGGUCGCCAUCUGCGUGACACUGGGCACCCUGCAUGGGGCUGUGACAGCGAGUCCCUUUCCAAUGCAGGAUCGAGACAACCCCACUCCUGAAGCCUUGCACCAGAGUGAUGAGCUGAACUAUGAACCUUUUCAUGGGCACAUUUGCCAGAAAUGCCCUGCAGGUCAACAUGUCACCAGCGACUGCAAACUCUCAGGAACCCCUUCGGAGUGCAAGGCCUGCGAAAAUGACACCUAUGCCAACCACAUGAAUGCGUUGAAAAAAUGUGUUCCCUGUACAAUCUGCAGAGGGUUAGAUGAAGUGGAGCUGCAGCCAUGCACCCAAACCAGCGACACUCAGUGUGCCUGUAAGAAUGGCACCUACUGCUCUCCCGACCUUCCGUGUGAAACGUGCCAUAAAUGUACACCCAGGUGUCCUGAUGGAGAAAUGAUGGUGAAGCCCUGCACUCCUACAAGUAACAUACAAUGUCUUCCCGACACAACCUCACCGACACCUACGACUCCUGCAACAGGUUCCCAUGGACAUAUAGGUUGGAUUAUUGGCUGUUCUCUGGUGGUGGUGGCAGCAGCUGUGGUGCUGAGCAUCAAGUACAGGGACAGAUUCAGUUGCUGUGCUGAAGCCAGCCCAACGGGACCUACAGCAGUCCGAUGGCGCUUCAAGACCGUCCAGUGUCUGCGGAGGAAUUGCAGUCAAGGGCAACAGGACAUAGAAGAGAAUGCUUGGAAUGUGCGCAUCGACCAGGCAUCUCAACAGUCUUCGCAAAGUCAUACCAAUUCCAGCACAUCUGAAAUGCUACCUCUGCGAGAGACUUCUCUGCCAGAAGAGGAACUUGCUCCAGAAGAAAAGAGAAAUCUGGUUCCUGCAAAUGGGAAGGAUCCAACCCAUGCUUUGCGCCAGUGUUUUGACAUCUUCGUUUCAGAGGUACCUGUGAAAGGGUGGAACAAAUACAUCCGGGCCCUGGGCCUGACUGAGAAUGAGAUUGAUAUCGCAAAAUUGAACAAUCCCGAUAUAAACGAACAGCAUUUUCAGAUGCUACGGACCUGGCUACUCAAGAACGGGAGGCAAGCAACCCUGAACGUUUUGCUCGAGACACUCCUUAAAAUUGGCUACAAGGGAAUUGAGCAGAUCAUAAGAACGAGGUUAAUCUCGGAUGGUCUGUACGUCUAUGAAGAGUGAAUUCUCCUACAGGGAGGCUUGGGUAGUCUGCCUAGGAAGCAUCUUUAAACUGCAGUGUUUGCCUACCUUGAGACUCUUCAGGGCAGGCCGGGGGAAAGUGGGUGGGGGAGUGCCUUUUUCUUUCUUUCUGAAAGCCAUAUACUGUUUGCUUUUAAACAAAUGCAGUUGGCACCAUAAACUUGUUUUAUGGAACAUGAUUUGAAGAUUCCGAAGACCAGCAUGACACCUCCUCUGCAAAGCCUGCAGUCUUCCUCCGGUAGAAAUGUGUACUGCUGGCAAAAGUUCUCAGGAAUGAUAAGGGAUGAAGAACUUGUUCUGGAGGAUGUUUCAGGGAUCCAGAUGCUUCUACCAGACAGUGCAGUUUCUUUACUUGAUUUGCAAUCUGCCUUGCAUGCUGUAUUUGAAAAACAACAACAACCCUGUUUGUUUGGGCUGGUUGCUUGGCUAAAAAUCCUGCCAAACUGAGCCUUUUCAAUGAAUGUUGGUAUAAUAUUUUUUUUAACAAAUUCUUGUAAAAUACUUAAGAUGAGAUCUGCCAUCUAUACUUGCUGUGAAGAGAGGGUUUUUUGAGGCUGCUAAUGUCCCUUUUGGCCACAGAGCUUUCCCCCCUCUUUUUUCUUUUGUCUUUCUUACUUUUUUACUAUAUUUUGUCUUCAUUUGGAUGUGACAUGUCUACAAAUCCUGCUGCUGUAUAGAUAAGAAAAUAGGAUAGUCUAAAAUAAGAACAAUCCUUUGGCUUGAGAAGGUUAGACUGCACUAUGACAUGCUAUUAACAGGGCUGUGAGUGUUUGUUCGUUUUCUGGGUGCAGAAUGUGAAUUUCUUUAGCAAAAUGGAGUAUGUGGAGUUGUUACUCAGGGAGGAGGACAAUUAGCUAUGUCCACUCCAUUCACUGAACCUUAUUCAGCAACUCCCAUGGCUUCGGAGUCUACCAGUUUGUGGUUCCUGCAACUGUGAGGACUAGAAACUUGAUCUCACCUCUGCUUUGUAUUAAAUGCAAGUUGAGCGUCGUGGAAUGGCAUCCUGCACCCGAUGCCUCCAUUCUGUGCUUUUCUACAUUCCUGAGGCACCACAACAUGCUCUCAGCCCUGCUUAUAGACAAGGUACUGUUCUUUUUAGAAGCAGUUGUUCUCUGUGCAUUUUGGAGGUGUUCAGGAAUUUCCUUUUGACAAGGAGCUCAGAAGAGAUUGACUUGGUUCACCCAGAUUUCACCCGUGAUUUGUCUGUCAAAUGAUCACACAAAGUGCAGUUGUUUUUGUUUUGUUUUCUCAAUUCCUGGGUUAUUUGCUUCCCUCCAUCUUUUGUCUGCUCCAUCCCUGUGUUCCAAAUGCCUUUGCGGUGCUGUAGUACUAGCAUGUACAGUAGCUGGGGCUUUCUUUCUUUACUGACAAAGCAAUCCAUGAACAACCCAUAUAUAAUAACCCAUAUAUAAAGAACACACAUAAUGACAGCCCAGAAUUAAAACAACCCAGAGUUCACAACUCAACAACAAAUUAUGGGUACUUUUCCAUGAUUGUUUGCGGCUAAGAACCUAUAGUUAAUCCAUAGUUCUGGGUUCGCACGUAACAACAAACCAGGAUUCAAUUAUCUAUACUCUGGUUUGUCAUUACAUGUAAACCAGGUCAUUGAAAGAGGGAUCUUCCUGCCUCCUGCGUACUGCAUAGCAUUAAUUUAUGUUAUGUAGCACGAAUGUACAAGUUGCACAGACCUUGCACAAAGUAGCAUAGCAUUAUUAUUUUUUACAGGUCCAGUUACACACACACACACACACGCACGCACGCACGCAUAUAUAUAUGUUUUUGUAUGAAUUGUGUAUUUGUGUCUGCAAUGUCCAUCAUAAUACUGCCAUGUUUAAAUGGGUGUACACAUUGGUCAGGCUGCUAGUGGUCAGGCACUCUGGAUGUUACACCCAUGAAGGGGUUCAUUCAUCCUUUUUAGUGCUUAAGUCUGCAACAUUUUGGCAGCAGGGAGUGUCUCCUGAGUACAAGCACAUGGCCAUAAGGGCAGGCCUGAUGCCUUGCUGCUCAGUUCUUCUUUGACAGUGGCAGCUACAGGGUGAAGAACAUUUCUUUGGGGUUCUUCACUUGGGUUUGUUGCCUUCUUACUUUGGUCUGAGUCAUGACCGGGCACCUGUGGCACCAGGGAUGAUGCCGAAAGGUGCUUCCUGCUGAUGGACAAGGAUUAUUGCCUCUCUCUGACAAGCAAACGGUGGAAAGUUGCACCUAUUGCCAAAUGUUCACCAAAGAAUCCCACCACAAAACUGGUUAUCUAUUAAUAUCAGAAUUGUUAAUGCACAACCCAAUCUGUUUGACUGCCCAGGGGGACUAAAUUUGCCAUGGCUGCCAGGAAAUUACAGGCACACUUAAUGAAUGUUGUUAAAUCAUGCUUCCCGAGUCAAGCUUCACGUGCAGUAAAUAUGAUGGAUAUGGCUUUUAUUUAUGAACUAUUUUUAAGGAUGUGUCUGUGUACACUUUAUUUUGUAAAUAAUUAUAUCCAAAAGAAGGGGAAGGACAAUACAAUAAUAUUUAACUUUCAAAAUGUAUAAAUAUAGAUCCAUUCCAAGAAUGGUUGACCGAAGAACAGGCUUGUAGUUGCUUUUUAUUAUUUACUGUCCUCAGAACAGGAUGAAAAAAGGAAACGACUAAUAAGUCCGCAUAGGAGUAAAAGCAUCUAACUGUACUUGGCCUUGAUAAAAUCAAAACUGCUGUUCAAACAGAAGAAGGCUUCAUAUCAUUUCCAGUGAAGACUUUUGGAAUGGACACACACCUGGGCAUUCUCAGUAUGGGUUUUCAUUUGUGAAUUUGAAAAUUCAGUACUGGGCCUAAUCUACACCAAGCAGGAUAUUGCACUAUGAAAGCGGUAUAUAAAAGGCAGGAGCCACACUAUUGCUUUAUAGUGGUAUUGAAGUGCACUGACAACUGUUGGGGCCCAUUGACACAGACCAUAUACCGCUUUCAUAGUGCAAUAUCCUGCUUGGUGUAGAUUAGGCCCUGGUUUUAUUGUCUUUUCCCCUUUACUAUAUGGAUUUAAUGUUGCUGCAUUUUGCCCAAUUGAAUUUUCACCACUUAUACAAUAAAUUGCACAUUUGAUGUUUCCAA